CGGAAUCAAAAACAACAAUUAAAAAAUACGGAAAAUUUCGUGAAAAUCUCGCGGAAAAUUGUCUAAAAUUUAGUUGAAAUUGUUCGCUUUUGAUUCUUGAGUUAAAUUUACCUCAAAUUAAAUUCAACAAAUUCAUUAAUUUCAACAAAUUUGUCUCAAAGCUGCUCUCGUGAAGGAAACAAAACACAAAAUUAAAAAUGCCGUGUUGGUAUUACGAGAAAAAGGAUUUGAAAAAUACGCCGUCGAAGAUGGAUGGCAUCGAUUUUGAGACAGAACGUCGUUAUCGCAAGGAAGGAGCUCGUUUCAUCAUGGCAAUGGGUCAAACGCUUCAACUCGGGCACAAUACAGUAGCAACAGGAGUCGUUUAUUUCCAUCGUUUUUACAUGUUUCACUCGUUCAAGACGUUUCCGCGCUACGUGACGGCAUGUUGUUGUCUCUUCUUGGCAGGAAAAGUCGAAGAAACGCCCAAAAAAUGCAAAGACAUCAUCAAGGUAGCGAAACAGCUGUUGACUGACGAGAAAUUUGUCUCAUUUGGCGACGAUCCGAAGGAAGAAGUCAUGACGCUGGAACGAAUUUUGCUGCAAACAAUCAAAUUUGACCUGCAAAUCGAACAUCCUUACUCGUUUCUUGUCAAAUACGCAAAAUGCCUUAAAGGAGACAGCACAAAACUACAAAAAAUGGUUCAAAUGGCGUGGAAUUUUGUGAAUGAUUCGCUCUCGACGACAGUUUGUUUGCAAUGGGAGCCCGAAAUUAUCGCCGUAGCUUUGAUUUAUCUCGCCAGCAAACUGAGUAAAUUUACCGUAUCCGAUUGGGUUGGAAAACAAGCUGAACAUCUCAAAUGGUGGGAUUCCUUCGUGCAAGAUGUCACAAUGGAAAUUCUCGAAGACAUUUGUCAUCAGGUUCUCGAUUUGUAUCAACAAAAUAAUGAUACCGUAACGAAAAGUCCCCCGCAACAGCCUCCGAGCAAAGCGAGUCCCCCGAUGAAACGUUCAGCAGCAAGUUUACAUCCGUCGCCGAAUACCUCGGCAAAAUCAUCGCCGGCAAUUGGCAACAAUAUACCCGUUGUGAAGCCAAAUGCGCCUCCUAUGCCGCCAAAAGAUGCGCCAUAUCCAACGCAAGAUCCUUCGCAAGAGCCUCAACCUCCCUUGCCGACAGACCAAAUGUACAAUUACUCCGCGUACAAUUACAAUUAUUCGUAUCCUGCGUUUCCGGGACCAAAUCCUCCGCCGGGCAUGUAUCCGGGACAAUUUCCAACGGGAUAUCAUUAUCCCCCGCAAACGAGACCUUAUUAUCCUCCGCCGCAGUAAGAGGAUUUUUUUGUAAAUAUUUUUUUUUAGUUUUUAUGAUACGAACCAAUAAAUUCAGUUGAAA